UCGAAGUGAACCCACGACGGAAAAACGGCCCACUUCUUUUGGAUCGUACGAUAAUGAGGAUCCUUUCGCGGAUCGUCCGCCAAUAAAGAGCCCCACACUUGACUCUUUUGGACCGAGUCAAAGGGGUACAGGCGCAGGCGUCAAGACCUAA